UUUUUUUUUUUUUGGGCUCAGUGUGCGACCUUUAUUGGUACCGUAUUCAUCCACGUAGAGAAACUUGAGAUGGGGAGCUCGGUUUUGGGAGCGAAAUUGCUAGAGAUGUUUGAAGUUGGGCCCUGUGGAGAUGCUUACCAGAUGGGAAUGUUGAUAGGCCAGAGGUUUUCUAGUCAAAUACGGAGUAGAUUGGCCGGAGACCUCGUUCUACGGGACCAACUUCUACCUUUUGCCCAAACCCAACAAGCACAACCACUUCUCAAAGCACUCACUGACAAUAAUCGAAAGAAGUUUCCAAAAUAUUGGGAUGAGCUCCUUGGGACAGCUGAGGGAAGCGGAGUGCCUGUUCUGGAUCUUAUACUAAUCAACUUCAGGAAAGAGAUUGUUCCCUUUCUUCCAAAGACUUCAAUAAUGUCCAAUAUUGCUGAUACUGUAGAUGAUUGCUCUGAUGUUCUUAUCGUUAGUGAUUCAUUGGCCCUGGCAGUACACAACGAGGACGCAAAUUUUGCUCUAGUUGGCCACACCUAUUUGAUAAAAGGUACGCUUGCAAAUGGACUGUCUUUCGUUGCUUACACAUAUGCAGGAGAGCUCCCAAGCUGUGCCUUUGGAUUCAACAGUCAUGGAUUGGCAUUUACAUUAAAUUCAGUACCCCCAACUCAAGAGGAGAUUAUAGCCGGUGGCAUUGGACGGAACUUUGUUUCCCGCGAUCUCCUCGAAGCAUCAGACAUUGAUGAUGCAUUAACUAGAAUUCAUUCUUCAGAAGUUUCUGUGGGACAUAGUUAUAAUCUGAUUGAAUUAAAAACUCGUAAGAUUCUAAAUGUUGAGACCACAUCAAGGAAUCGGAUUUCCAUCAGAGAGAUUGGAGCAACACCAUUUUUCCAUGCUAAUAUGUAUCUCCAUCUUCCUGUUCAGCAGGUACAAGAUGAGAAUUCCAUAAGCAGGCAAAACAGAGCAGCUCUGCUACCAAAAAGAUCAAGAAAAGAAUUGCUGUCAGUUCUUGGAGAUACAGACGAUCCAAAGUACCCCAUCUACAUGACAGGUCCAACACUUUAUACACUAUGUACGGCUGUAAUUGAUCUGGAUGAACAAACACUAUCAAUUAUUGAGGGGAAUCCAAAGGAAGAGGAAGUUUCUCAUGUAUUCAUUAUGUCAGCAAAAGAGUUCAAGAUGCCUCAAUAAAGCUCUUAGAUGAACUUAUUUCUUAAGCCCCUUCAACUGGUUCACUGAGGUCUAACAUGUGGCCUUUAGAUGUGCUAAAUACAGAUAACCUUGAGAUCCUGAAUGAUGAUUACCAAAAAUUAAGAUGAAUGUACCUGUAGAGUGAGACCAAGGGCACUACCUUUCCAGGGAUCUUAUAUUUGAAGGGACCGUCCAGUUCAGCUCCUAUUAUCAUCAA